CGGCGAUGAGCAGGGGGUGAUCGUUGUCCAUUGUUUUAUAGUAUAUUAGAUGCACUAUAGAUCUGUGCACGUGAAAUAAUGUUUAUCUUAGCAGGGUGCUCUGAUCUGCCAGGAAUAAAGAUGGCCACUCUUCUCCCCGGGGACCUUUGACCUUAACGUGCGUUGCUAUACAGCGCCAGACAUCAACACAGGAGGAGAAGGGAAGGCACUGUGUGCAGAUAUGAUGAUCCUCAGCCGAAGAGCUCAGGGGAGACUCCUAUCCUUGGUUCUCUUUUGCAUUGUGAUCAUUUCCUGGGGUUUUGUGCUAUAUGCUGCAAGACUUUCGGCUUUAUGGCAGUUGCAGGCCAAAUACCCCAAACAAAUCUUAAGCUAACACUGCUAGAAGAUUGGGCGCCUGCUGUCAUCACUUUGCUGCAGAUGAGUGAUAACCCAUGCCACCACCUGACAUGGGGUGAUGCCACAACCAUGGAAAAUAUUUUACAGAAAAAAAUGAACAUUCCAAAACUAUAACAUGGCACCACCAAUUUCGUGUCUUGGACUUUUUUUGUAAUAAAAAAUGUGACUGGCCUAGUCCUCUUUGAUACAGAA